AUGAAGCGCUAUCUCUGCGCUGCAGUGGCACUGCUCCUGGGCGCGCUGGGAUCUGAGGGAGCGCCAGUCUUGCCGGUCCUUUUGCCGGCAGGAGAGGCCUCCAAUAGGAAGCCGCAUGAUCAUGCUGAGUCUGUUCAUUUUUAUUCUAGGCGCUUAGUGGGAUAUGAAAAAUUUGUACGGGAUUGCGUCAAGGGCAGAAGACACCCUUUCUGUCCUCGCGGAUUCCCGCUUACGGGCUUGUGGUUUGCUGCUGCGAUUGUAACAACGUAUCUCCUGUUUCGGUGUUUCCUCUCCCUAACCUCCACGACAAGUUCCAAUGUCCAUCGUUUGCUCUCCGCAGCAGAGGGAAACGUCAGCGGCGAUAGCUGUGCUCCUUCUCACCCACAGCAGCAGCAUCAACAACAACAACCGCACGGGCGCCAAGAGCAACUUCUGUGGAUUCAGGUUCAGAAGCAGUUUACAUACUUGUCGGUGAGUACGGAAGUGGCUGCCUCCUUGACACCGGAGGAACAGCAGUCCAUUCGGGAGGCGCUGAAGCUUUUGAUUUCGCUGCACAAAAAUGCAUUACGCAAAGCAGAGGCUGCUAAUGCGUUCAAAGACUCCCUACAGGAGGACAAAGCUGAACUGAAUAGGCUACGCAGCCUGCUGAAGCCAGGAGAGCCUGACACGAAAGAAAUUGUGCAGCUUGACGCGGAUAUAAGGGGCGACAUGGUGUCGCUACAACAGUACAUAAAGGAUGCUGAAGAUGCACUGGACAGGCUACGCACCGUAGCCUUCAACCAGUCUCAGCACGGCUGGAAGCUGUUGCUGCUAGCGGAGCGUCAGGUGCAGCAGCAGGAGGAGCAGCAGCAGCUACAGCAGCAGCUGCAGCAGCAGCUGCAGCCGCCGCCGCCGCAGCAGCAGCAGUCCGUUCUAGCUGCAGCCGUCGAUGCAGUGGUAGCUGCAAACAUAGUGCUGGGCUUCCGGCCGCCUCCUUUAGGUAUCACGGAUGCUCGAGUGCGCCAUCAGAUUGAUAAGAUCGUAAGCAGGCAAUGUGAGGAACUCAAAACUUGGGACAGGGUUUUAAAACAGCCCAAUAUCGUAGAAGGGCCUCAGAGUACGCUACAACACAAGGUACGUGUAAUAGAAAAAACAAUUUAUAAAGCACAGCAACUGGCAAAGGGGUUGGAGCAGCUGCAGUUGAGCCAGCAAGCUCAGAUCCUCCGGACAAUGGGCAGCCACGUGGAAAAUCUAAAGCGCUCCGUGGAACGACAGCACAAAAAGCGUGAAGAGCAGGAUCGGCGUCGCAGGGAGCGGAUGCAACAGCGGCACGAUGCACUGGAACUGCAUAGUGAAGCGUAUACAGCAGCAGCGCAACUGGCCGCUACGGUUGAAAAGGCUGUAGCUGGACCUCCCCUAAGUUUGGAAGAUAGCACGCAAUUGGAGACCCUCUACAUGAAACUAGCUAGCGACCUGAGAAAUGCAGAGGCGCUCCAUACUGAACUGCUGCGAGGCACUGCACCAGGCAAGCGGCUGGCGGAAGCUAUAGCUGCUGCUGCCCCCCAAAUAAAGCAUCUUAAAGAUUUUUUCUACGAAAUAUGGGGACAAAGUCUGAGCACAAUGGCCCAAGAUGUGGCGAUGGCGGUAACGAAGUUGACGACUGCCCAUAUAGAUCUCGAAGAGGAAGCGAUAAACCCUGCAGCAGAAGCACCACCUCCACAAUCAUCAGGUGGUGCAGCUGCAAGAGUUUUCUCUCGUAAGGAGGAGAAGGCCUUGCUCGCGCUACAACGUGUGCUUGCUCAUUUUCCGGAGGGGAAGGAGAUGCACAGUCGGUUGAGUGAGUUAAUAAUGGCGCACAAGCCAGAGCCAAGCCUCAUUGGGAAGUUACAACAGCUGCAGGGGGCCCUCGAUACCGCCAAAGCAGCAGCAGAACGCGUUACAGAGUUGCUGAUAUUCCGUUGUCUUGUACCCCUCGAUCAUGCAGCGGCAGCAGAGGCACAGGCGAAAAAGGACCUGAGGAAUCUGCGGGAUCAGCAACGAGAGAUAAAGGCAGCCGGAAGAAGCUUGUCCAAAGAUGAUGUAAGGGAGAAGGAACGGCUUGAGGAAGCCCUUGAAUGUGCAUCGGGAGAGAAACGAUCAGCAGCAAAGAAAGUUACAGCGACGUUGGACGCCUUCAAAAUCCUUGCCAUGCCGGACCAGGUGAUUGGGGCGCUGCAGGAUGCAUUGACUUCUGCAAGGGCUCCCCUUUUCCAUGAUCCUCCUGUUGUUCCUGCACUUCGGCGUGUUCAAUAUGCAGGCGCUGUUGUGAAUGUUGGACUCCCUGCAACACAGUUCUUAGGUCUUCCAUCCGCUGCCCCUGUCAACGUGGGGGCAAAGGGUAGCCAUGUGCACCCUCCUGCUGCUACUGGUGGUGCUGCAGCCGUUACCCCUGAUUAUCGUCAAGGUUCACCUGCGAGUACCCUAGGCAGGAAAAUCCGAAAGGAAGGCCAUGCCGACGGUGGCAAGAGCCCGCUGGGCUCUGUAUCUUCUCUGCUGACUUUACUUGGAAACCCGGCUGUCGAAGAAGGAGCCUCUUUAUUUGAGCUAUCUCUAGUAGAUGAUCAUACAGAAGACAAAAAACCGAGCCAGACCGUAGCGCCUGCUGCUCUUCCUGUGCAGGAAGCCAAGCCCUUGGACACACAACGCCGAAGACGUGCAGACAGCGCAUCCCGCACUACCAACCCACGAAGACGGAUGCCACAGCAGGGUACUGCCGGCGCAGCAGCGGCGUGUGGAGAGAAGGUCAAAGUAGGGGAGGAACGCAUGCCGAAGAGUUCGAAGGGGUUACAGCGGUGGUGGAGUCAGGACAGGCUCCCGGAGUUUAAGCUAAAAGAGGCAAGUAAGGGAUCUACAGCACACAUGGCGAUGUACGGGUCCUUAGGGGGACUUCAGGAUAGGAAUCCACUGAAAGAAGGAAUGCUGGAAAAGACAAAAAGCCUCGAUUCUUCUCUUGCACAGAACGUCAUGAUGAGUGGGCAUUCCACGGUGCCCAAACAGAAGAAAGCGAGCACCAUCAGAAAGGCGUUUUCCUUCUUGGCCCUCAGACGUCCGACGGGAAGCACGGACACCCUCCGCGCAAAAGCGGCAUCCGCAGCAGCAAGGGCAAAAGCAGCGAAAGCAGCAGCAGCCGCUUCUGAAGUAAUGGACAUCAGCGUGAAGGGCGCAGGGAUGCAGCAAGAGACGGUGGAGGUGACUCACGAGUAUUGGGAGAGUGGUGAAUCGAAAGGCACGAAAAAGAAAAAGAGCCCUGUGAAAGUGCCGAAAUCCAGCAAAUCGGCACAAGGAGGCACACUCCGCUGA